AUGGCAUCUAACAUAUUAGGAUACUUUAUAUGUAUACAUAAUGGAGAAUGGGGAACAAUUUGUGAUGAUGGCUGGGAUAUAAAUGUUGCUAAAGUUGUGUGUCGACAACUUGGUUAUGACUAUUAUUUCAGGGCUUUACUACGACGUAAUGUUCCACGUGGCAGUGGAAGGAUAUGGUUAGACGACGUUCAAUGUGUAGGAAAUGAAAGUAAUAUUUCGAGUUGUUCACAUAGAGAAUGGGGAUUGCAUAAUUGUAGACAUUAUAAAGAUGCUGGUGUACAAUGUUCAGUUAUUAACUCUGUUAGACUUCGGGGACCAGAAAUUUCUAUUGGCAAAGGUCGUGUAGAAGUAUUUUACAAUGGAGAAUGGGGAACAAUUUGUGAUGAUGGCUGGGAUAUAAACGAUGCUACAGUUGUUUGUCGACAACUUGGUUAUGACAAUGGUGUCAAGGCUUUACUAGGAGGUAAAGUUCCUUAUGGCAGUGGAACAAUAUGGUUGGAUGAAGUUUCUUGUGAAGGAAAUGAAAAUAUUAUUUCGAGUUGCUCACAUAGAGGAUGGGGAUCACAUAAUUGUGGACAUGAUGAAGAUGUUGGUGUACAAUGUUCAGUUAUCAACUCUGUUAGACUUCGGGGACCAGAAAGUUCUAUUGGCAAAGGUCGUGUAGAAGUAUUUUACAAUGGAGAAUGGGGAACAAUUUGUGAUGAUGGCUGGGAUUUAAACGAUGCUAAAGUUGUUUGUCGACAACUUGGUUAUGACUAUGCUGGCAGGGCUUUAAUAGGACGUAAUGUUCCACAUGGCAGUGGAAGAAUAUGGUUAGACGACGUUCAAUGUGUAGGAAAUGAAAGUAAUAUUUCGAGUUGUUCACAUAGAGGAUGGGGAUUGCAUAAUUGUAAACAUUAUGAAGAUGCUGGUGUACAAUGUUCAGUUAUCAACUCUGUUAGACUUCGGGGACCAGAAAGUUCUAUUGGCAAAGGUCGUGUAGAAGUAUUUUACAAUGGAGAAUGGGGAACAAUUUGUGAUGAUGGCUGGGAUAUAAACGAUGCUAAAGUUGUUUGUCGACAACUUGGUUAUGACUAUUAUUUCAGGGCUUUACUAGGAGGUAAUGUUCCACAUGGCAGUGGAAGAAUAUGGUUAGACGACGUUCAAUGUGUAGGAAAUGAAAGUGAUAUUUCGAGUUGUUCACAUACAGUAUGGGGAUUGCAUAAUUGUAGACAUAAUGAAGAUGCUGGUGUACAAUGUUCAGUUAUCAACUCUGUUAGACUUCGGGGACCAGAAAGUUCUAUUGGCAAAGGUCGUGUAGAAGUAUUUUACAAUGGAGAAUGGGGAACAAUUUGUGAUGAUGGCUGGGAUAUAAACGAUGCUAAAGUUGUUUGUCGACAACUUGGUUAUGACUAUUAUUUCAGGGCUUUACUAGGAGGUAAUGUUCCACAUGGCAGUGGAAGAAUAUGGUUAGACGACGUUCAAUGUGUAGGAAAUGAAAAUAAUAUUUCGAGUUGUUCACAUAGAGGAUGGGGAUUGCAUAAUUGUAGA